AUGGUUGGCGGUGCUCCCAUAUCUGCGAACCCUCUCAAACUCGAUGUGCGAAGCCAUUCCAAAUGUCUCGUCAUCUGUGUGAUUGCCACGUUGUCGACGUUCCAGUAUGGUCUGGAUUAUGCACUUGUCGGUGGUUUCUUGUCCAUGCCAGGCUUCCUGCAGGUCUUCGGCUACUACUCUGAAGACUUGGGGAGAUGGAACAUCGAUCCGACGGUGCAGCAGCUCAUUUCGUCGCUGAUGACCAUCGGCACGUUCCUCUCCUCGCUCAUGGUCGGCCCGUUCAGCAUGAAGUUCGGGAGGAGGCAUGGGCUGUGGGCAGCAGCUCUGCUCAACUACGUCGCCACGGCCAUCCAGCUGGGAACGACCAGCAAGGGAGCGCUGUACUUUUCUCGACUUCUUCUAGGUAUCUCCGUCGGCUGGUUCUUGACGUUCGCUCAGCUAUAUGUCCACGAAGCCGCCCCUGCUCAUCUGCGCGGUAUCGCAUUUGCCGUGUACCAGGUCAUGCUUUCUAUUGGUUCGAUUGUCGGUGCGUCGGUUGACUUCGGCACACACGACAUGCCCGGCCGAGACGCAUACCAGAUCCCAUUGGCGAUUUUCUUCGUAGCGCCGACGCUCCAGUCUGUGCUCAUGUACUUCUUCGCUCCUGAGUCUCCGAGAUGGUUGAUGACACAACGGAAGGAGGAGGCUGCAGAGGCAUCACUACGGAAACUUCGAAACUCGAACAUCGACGAGCUCGAGUUCCAGGCGGAACUGAACGAAAUCCGACAGUCGACUCGUGAACAGCUGGAACAGAACAAGAAAGCCUUGUUCCUGGAGAUGUGGCGUGGCACAAACUUGCGGAGAACACUGCUCUCUAUCGCCGUCGUCUGCUUCCACUCCGCCAACGGAUCCAGCUGGGUGAAUAUCUACACCACGUACUUUUUGCAGAUUGCUGGCGUCGAGAACGCCUUCGCAUACUCGGUCAUGGUCACCUGCAUCGGUUUGAUCGGUGUUCUUUUCAGCUUCAGCUUUGUGCGACUGGUCGACCGCCGCACGGUGAUGUUGGUUGGCAUCUUUGCAUGUGGAAUCUGUCAGCUGGUUCCGGCAAUUGUUUGGACGAAGAGUCCGGGCACUGAGUCCACCGGCAAGAUUGUCGUGGCAUUCAUCUCCUUGUUCACGUUCUUCUAUGUCGCAUAUGCUCCAUAUGCAUGGCUCCUCGGAGGCGAGUACGUCAACAACCAUCUCCGAGCCUUCACGUUCGGCCUGGCCACGGCAAUGAACUUCCUGGGUAACUGGGCUGGUACUUUCAGCGCACCGUACUUCAUCAAUCCUGCCAAAUUCAACUGGGGCCCUAAAUAUGGCUACAUUUGGUUUGCGAGCAACAUGGUCUGCGUGGUCUUCACGUGGUUCUUCCUACCUGAAACCCGAGACCGCACACUGGAAGAGAUUCACGAGAUGUUUGAGGCCCGGGUUCCGGCCAGGAAAUUCAAGCAUUACGUCUGCUCCAAUGUCGAGAGUUAUGCGGCUGAGGCGAUGGGUAAGGAACUGGGUGAGCGAAAGACCAGCGAGGCUGCACAUGUCGAGGAGAUGCCCGACAGCAAAGCAUGA